CCGGCUCACUGAGCUUGGCCCAAUGGACCUCCCAACAGGGCAACAGAUGGUAAUGCUUAAUAUUCUACAACAAACUAGAAAAAAAAAAAUACUGCAUGACUUGAAACAAAAGAUUGGCUGCAAAUUCAAGGAAAGAAGAGUGUUUCUCCUUCACCCAUAGUUGCAAUGGAGAGACUGACAAGUGCUGUAAAUUGAGCACAGUCCAGUCACCAGUGGUCAAAAUAGCACCUAGCACCACGCCUGGAGAGUGAAGCUUGUGUUAAGUUCAGAAUACUUCCUUUUGAUGUUUGGCCACAACUCUUACUAUUGAAGUUGGUGAGCAAAGGGUAUCUCUGGUCAUUCAGUAGCACUAUGAUUUUGUAAGGUGAUUAUACAUAACUGAGAUUUAUGUGUUAUCAGAAUGCUGGAUUAAAGUUAUUUGGUUGAGCUCUUUUUGAUUACCAUUUGAAGUCUUGGCUCUAUAUUUUUUAUGGACUUCUGGAGGUCUUAGUAUGCUUUGUCAAGUAUCUUAGUUCGAAUUCAUUAUUCCCCGGUGCAAUUUUUUUACUGAAUUGAUUAAUACUAGAUGCAUAUCUACCCUUCUGAAAUCAACUUUUGCUGGUCCGCCAAUGUAUAGUUUAUGCCUGAUUUUAAGUGUAUUUCAUACUGGGGAUUUGUAUUAGGGAAUGCAUAGCCCUCUACCUAAUUAUUAUUUUCAUAAUAUUCAGCUUUGACUGUACUAAAUUGAGUGUAAAAAUGAAUCCACAAAAUGUUGUAUUACACUGUCUAAUUUCUUUAACAGUUGAGAUUGAUUGUUGUCACUAAUACUUUUAAAAGCAUAAAUAAAGAAACCUAUGAUGACAGUCAAAGACAGAUGUGUUUGGCUGUCGGGUAAAAAAUGAAAUCAAGUUGGAACAUUCAAGAGCCGGGAAUUCAGUUAUAUGGCUUUUGUGGUGUUAGAUCUCUUUGCAGCAACUGUCAUAUGAAUAGAGCUUUCCCUGGAUGUUUAUUACGAGGAAAGUAUUUUUUUUCCAUCAUCAUAAAACAUCGGCGAACUCUAAAGCUGUUGCAGGAGGUGAGAAUGAUCUUGCUGAGUCUAAAGAUUAGAUGCUGUUGUAAAGGCGUACAUACCACUUCCCACAAGGUCACAAGAUGCUAUUGUACCGCCAGUUCAUGGCGCAGUAGCAGAGCUGCACUGAGAUCGGUUAAAUGGGUACUUCUCAGUUGCCUCAAGAAACAGGGUGUUGAUUGCGCCUCCGGCCUGAGAUAUCACACAAUUAUUGCCAUUGCAGAUAAGCAGGAGCUUUGUGCACUGAAAUGCUUGGUAGUACAACACUUUUGUCUUCUCUUUUGUCUAACUGAUCAAGUUUUAGCAGGUAUGGACCAUUGCUUUUGUUACGUACAAACGGAAUUGAACACCAAAUUUCUUAUACCAGUUAUACAGAGUCUCACACUUAUACCACUGAACUACAAGGUCUUUAGCUGUCUGGGAGACUGGGACAUCGUUCAACGUAUAUUGGAGAAGAAAGGGUGUGGGGGGCGGAAUAUCGUUUUCAAUCCACAACCCACCAAAGAUUGUGUUGAGGAAGGAAACAAGAAAAAAGGGUGUGCUUGAAAUGUUGAGUUGAAGCAGCAAAAAAGGGUUUUAUAGAUGCAUGGUUGAAUGGUCCAAUUCCAACCAAAAUCAAUGUAUGUAUGUAUCCUUGUUGUAUUGUUAUGUAAGCCCUGGCUGCAUGGAUGCAGUGCGAAGGUUUUUGGACUUUUAGCCAUUGGCGUUGUGUGUUUGUAUGCGGCUAGUCAAUGGUGGUUGCUCCUGUCAGCUUUCUCAUAAAAGCUCCUUCCAUUCAUAUCUAAUUUCCUCACCUAAGAAUGGUCCCCAACUUUGAAGAUGAUGUAUAACCAUCUCUCUCUCUCUCUCUAUAUAUAUAUAUAUAUAUAUAUAUAUAUAUGCAUAUGUACUGUGUGCAUGUAUACAUACAACUAGAAGAACGGUUUAGCUAAAUUUAACUGAAUUGUGUAAUUAAUUACAAUAAGAAAGAUAUUCUUUUUGUCCAAUCAAUAAGAAAAUAUAAUAUGUAAUACAUAUUAUGAUGUUGUACAAGUACUUUAA